AAUAACUCAAACCUAUACCUAACCCUUUAUAGUUCUCCUUCAAGAUCCAAUAUUUUCUCCUUUUCUCUACACCCUUUUAGCCAAUUCUCAGAAAUAAACCAAAACAAGAAACAUAUAAAGCUUAUAAGCAUUAACUUGAUGGAAGGUCUUCUACCUCUGGUUUUCAGAGCAAUCAAGAAACGCAAGACUCGCAGUCAAUACCAGUGUCUGUCUUCUGGGGCUGCUCUAAGCCACAACAUGAACGUGUCCGACCAUUAUUACAUGCAAGAACCUUCAACUUCAACGCAAAAAGUGGUUCAUGAUCAUGCAGAAAACGUUGGUUAUAGGCGAUAUGAUUCUUGUAGGGAAUUUUCUAACGAGUUUUCUUCCCAACAAAGAGCCUUUGCUGCUGCUGUCUCACCCGAUUCGAAGCAACUCGUCAGGUUUAGAAGUCUGAGAAUGUUUCAAUGUCUUGCUGGUUAGUUUAUGAGGUGAACCCUUUGUAUGGCUGUGAAAUCCAAAUCGUGUGUGUAAUUAAUUGCAAUUGUAAAGACAUUCGUGUGACAAUAAUCCGACAAAAAUCUGUGUAUUGUAGGUUACAUGUGCUGAUUAGGUAUUAAUAAUGAAAAGAUCUCAUGUUGUUUUGGGUGUUAA